CUCUCGUGCAUGGACGAUAAUUUGUUGCUACUUUAACUCGACCAAAAACAAAAGCUACCCGGGCAAAAAUAAAAACGUAUAUUGUGCGAGUUCUCUGAUCAUUAAAUGCAAAUACGGAUCAAAAUAUGAUUAAAUUAAUAAAAUAAUAGAAAAACUAGCACAAUCCAUUCAAAUUUACAGCGCGUAAUUAACACUAGAGCUGACUAAUCAGCCGGCAAAUUGAGUGUGGCGUAGGAAAAUCAACUCAGCUGUUAAAGGUUAAACGCCAACCACCCCAGGAAUACGCUGGGUGUAAAUGUGCAUUUGUGUUUUGUGACUAUUUGAUAAGCGAAAAUGUAAAUAUUUUUACGUUUUGCCGGUUAUGUGAAAUACAUACGUCAUUUGAAUAACAGUUAGAUGCUAUCGUAGCAAGCAGAACACAAUAAAGAUUACCUAAAAAUAAAUUGAAUUGAAAAGUUCGAUGCAAUAUAUUAAAAUCUAUAGAAUUUAAUAUACGUAUGUAUGUGUGAGCUACAUAAGGUGCUGGUGAUUUAAAGUGCAAUGCGAUAAAAAGUAUAAAGGCAUAAAAAACCAAAAACAGAAAAAAAAAACAAACGGACGCUUUUGACUUCCGUUUUGUAAUAGUUUAUUUGAAUGACAUAAAAAUACCGUUUUGAGCGGUGUACAAUAGCACCCCCAGCAAUUGCUAAAUAUCAAAAUUAAAUAAAAAGUGCAUAACAGCGGACGAGUGCAAACUUUUCAUCAACUGUUGCCACAUAAAUAUGUAUACGUACAUACGUGCAUAAAUAUAUUUACACUCUGUCAAGUCAGCUGGGAAGCGUACGUAAAACAACAAUAAGCGUUGUGAAUAAAAAAUAAAAAGAAAUUAUACAAGAUACAAGCAAGCAAAGGUAAUUGCUAAUAGCAUUUGUGAACUUAAACAAAUAAUAUUCUUGCCAUACACAAAACGAGAGUGAGACAAGAAUAUUACACAAUUGCAUCACAUUGCAGGCAGACAUAGAACCCGGUGAAAUUUUCGUAGUGAAAUACUUCCAUUUUGAACUUUUUUUUUUAGUAAAAUACAACGAAAUUAGUUGUGCUUUUUCGACUGAAAGCAAGCGUUGUAGUGCUCGCGUAUUUUUCACUUCAAGAAACUGUUAAAAAAAGGCUGUUAAGCACAGGCACGAUAGUAAGAAAAUCGGUAUAUUAUGCUUAGGAAUAAGCCGAGAAAACAGAGAACGACGUUUAAGCCGAAACGAGCGGAAAAUGUAGCUGUUGUUGUAGGCUUCGAAGCCACCAAAUAUGCGUCCAACCUUCCUCUCUGUGAAUCAACUCAAUUGUUUUCGUCCACCCAAGAGCCGAAUAUAAAAGGAGAUCUUAUAAAAAAGUAUAAUAAAAAUGUUGACAUGAACUUUUCUCGUAUAUCAUAUCAACAAACGUUGGAAAACAAUUUAAAAACUGUAAAACCGGUUAGUGUAAUUACUAAAAAAUCACCGAAUCUUGGUGGACCAUCACACUUCUCAACGCUUCGCCACGGUGUAGCAAAGCGUUUCACUUCCGAAGAGCGUAUGGUUUUUUUCACAAAAUCUGUUUGGUCUAUUGAGAGUUGUGGCAUCCUGCCAUCGUGGGAGAGAGAAAGAGACUCUAAUAUUUAAGUGAACAGUGAAAACCUUCCAAACUUUAAAAUUAUAUGAAUUAUCAAAAAACAAUGAAAAUUCGUGAAUAAUAAAGAAGACUAAAGAAAUGUACAUGUGAGUGAAAGUGCAAUUAAGUUCUUAAAAUUUAUACGCUAAUGCUUAAUACGUAGUUAUCAUUCGUUUUACUCGAUAAAUAACACUGAAUGCGGUUCGCCAAGUAAAUAUUAGUUUCGAAAUAGCAAGAACUUUCACUGAGAACUCAAGCGUCAACGAUGAAACCACCUUGCGAAGUUAAUAAAUUAAAGUGAAGAAUUCUUAAAUCAUCAAGAGAAGGAAAUUAAAAGUGAAAAAUUGAAAACGAAUUCCGUAAAAUAGCAUAAAUCAGAAGCAAUAACAAGGAAAAGUGCGAAAAUCAUUUCGUGAUAUAUACGUGUAUAACUAAGUAUUGUGAAUUUGUAUAUAUGUUAAUAUAUGUACAUAUAUAUUUAUUAACUUAUAUAUAUGUGCCCAGAGGCCUAGAAGUUUUUUAAAUAUCAUAACUCCAUUGAGAUAACAAAAAAGAUUAAGCAAUUUACAAAAUAAAAAAUUAAUAAAGCCACAUGGAGCUUUGAAGCAAUUCAUAGAAUUUCACUGAAAGCGGUGUGUAUGGGAAAAAUUAAAACCGUUUAUUUAUCAAUUUGUGGCUACUCAAUUAUACACAAUAUUGUGGUUUAAAUUUUCGAAUCAAAAAUACAGACGUUUCGCGCAUUAAUUAUUCAGUUGUGACAUACAUACAUACAUACAUAAAUUAUCGUAGUGUCUGUCCCGGUGAAAAUGUUAAUAAAUUCAUAUUAAAUUAUAAACAAAUUUAAGAAGCGAAUAAAAUUUUGAGGAAAUAUUUACGUAUAUAUCUAAAAGCGUAAUAAAUUGGUAAAAUUGCCAACAAAUUUAAGAAGAAGAAAAUUCAAAAGUAAUUAAAGAAUCUGUGGUGAAAAUGUUAUAUAUAACCGUUGAUGCCAAACAGCAGUGAAUAUAAUAUAAAACAUAAAUCAAUAAUAAAUAAGUCAAAAUGUGUUCCCAAUAAAACUAUAAUGACGAUCUCUAAUAAUAUUUUUAGCAAAGCUGAAAUGAGUUUUAAAUACACCCUUUAGUAAAACUAAUGUCUUGUACAAAAUUUGUGGUAUUUUUAAAGAAGAAGAAUCUGUUUUUAAUAUAAACAAAUGCAUGUUAAUUGAAAAGUAAAGUGUUGAAACGUCGUUUAAUUAAUUUUCAAAAUUUCUUUAUUUUCGUUUUCUCUAAUAUUUUAAAAAUUUCCCUGAAAACAAUGUCCACUGGUCGUCGUUUAGCCAAGCGCUCAAUAAUCGGUACAAAAGUUUGUGCACCAGGGCCAGACGGUCUCUGGUAUUCGGGUGUUAUACAAGACGUUAAGACACCACCUAGUGCCACAGUCACUUCCUCGUCACUAUUGACAGCGAGUGAUUCCAACACAUCUCAUGCAACAAACGGUACAAAUCUCACGGCCAAUACUAAGUUUAUAGUACGUUUCGAUUUCAAAACACAAGCCAUGCAAAGCUCAGCGGACACUUCCCUAUCUGGAUCGCCAUCUAAACCGUCAAUAAUAAUUGAAGCACGUCGCGCGGUCAGCGCACAUUUGAGUCCAGCACAAGCUUUGCGACGCAACGCUAUGAUUAAAGAAUUUCGUGAAUCGGAUCUAAUAGGUCCGGGUUUCCGCUCCAUAAUUGGCAUACAAUUACAGCCAGGUCAACGCGUUUUUCUGACCUUCAAUGGACGUGAGACUUCGGGCGAUGUUGUAUCACAUGAUGCUGAGAAGGAUGAAGUUGUCGUGAAGAUCAUGACAAUUGGAAAUGAGGAGCCCAUUGAGCUUAAAAAACGUUUAGAAGAGGUGCGUCUGCUCGAAUCGCGACGCUCCGCACGUUUGGCUGAUCAAGAACGUGACACAGAUUUCGCAAGACUAGCCGACAUGGGUGGCGAUCGCCGUCGUGCAACAUCACUAAGCAUUGAGGUGCCAAAUUCCAUUUCACCGCAAAAUAACUCAAGAAAACGUCCACAGCCAUAUACCCACGAAUUCUUUAGUGGACAGUGCGGUGACAAGGAGGAAAUGGAGGAAUGCAACGCAGCUUUGAUUUUAAUGAAACUCUCACACUCACCCAAAAAUGCAGAAAAAUUGUUCGGCUCCAGUCCGGGCAGUUCAUCAUCAUCGGGCAGCUCUUGGAGUUCGGGCUCCUCAUCGCCACCGCUUAGCGAUGACGGGCAUGCCGGCCUCAAUACAAGCCCAAUGUUGAAUGAUCCGAGCGCCCGCAUACGUACGACAUCAGUAUCCACAUCGGAUGAGGGCAUCGUUGUAGACUUCAAUGAAGAAGCGCCACGCAAAAAGAGGGUAAGUCCCUUUGAAGUCAAUACACAAGUACAACAAAUAGGAUCUCAAUUUGUUACAAACAAAUCCAAAUUCAAAUGUACCUGGAAAGGCUGCAAACACAUAGAGCACACACCGAAGAAAAUCGAGAGGCACAUACGAAAUGUUCAUCUAGGAAACAAGAAAGCACGCCGCUCUGCAGAUUACGAUGAGUCUUGUAGUGAAAAUGAUCAUGAAGAAGAAUUUUAUUAUACCGAAAUUGAAGAUGAUGAGGAAGAUAACAAAACACCGAGCCCAACAUCGCCACCUACUCUCAGCCACCGCGACAUGGCGCGCCCACCUCACGAAGACCCUGAAUACCAAAGAAAAAUUGUGGGCAAUUUCAAGCAAGGACGUAUUAACCAACAUCAGCAGUUGCAACACAACCAGGGCCAACAGAUAAAUAAUUGCAAGACAGUUUUUCACGGUGGCACUUAUAUUACAAACAGCAAUAUCCAAGAUAAUCAGCAGAUGCAGAACAACUGCGUAUCGACUUCACCCCUAAAUCACCACAACUACUGGCAGUCAUCUCCAGUACCGGGAGUAACAUCUACACCAACAGCCAUUUCAUCCGUCACGCAAAACUCAAGUCACCAACAUCACCAUAAUCCGCAAUCCCAGCAACAGCAGUCUCAGUACAUAAAACACAUUCGAGCAUCACCACGUCCGUCCCAGACGGCAGCACCUUAUCCAUCGCCAACGUACCACCAUAACUAUAGCAGUAGUCCCAAUUCUUGUAUCAACAAUAAUAGCAGUGGCAAUGUCAAUCUCAAUAAUAAUGGCUGUCAUAGCAACAACAGUUCUAUCAUGCCAAAUAAUGGCGGUGCCAAUAAUAUGCUACAUCAAUUGUCGCAACAAAAUAUUACGGUGACGGCUCAUCGCAGUGGAGCUCAUCAAAAUCAGCCACACCAACAGCAGCAACUGCCCGCUGUAACAAUUACGCCAAACUAUACGAAUCAUCAAGUGCAGCAACAACAAUUACAAGAAAUUCAUAGCCAACAACAAACAUCGCAAUCUAACAUUUCAGGUACUGGACCUGGAGUAACAGUAGCCUCGGCACAUGUACAUCAACAGCAUACGACACAUCACGCCCAACAACAACAAUCACAGCAUGGAACUAUUGCAAACACUAAUAAACUCACAGCAAACUCACCAAAUAGACGCACACGAGGCGAGAAUAAAAAAUGCCGCAAAGUAUACGGUAUGGAACGCCGCGAUCAAUGGUGUACCCAAUGUAGGUGGAAAAAGGCGUGUAGCCGAUUUGGUGACUGAAAAAGGGUCAAAGCGUCGACGGCGACGGAAACGACGACGACGGCGACAGCGACAGCUAUAACUACAGCGAAAAUGAUUUCGACGAUGAGCACAACGACAGAGCAUUCAGCAGGGGUUAAAUCGAAAUCAACAAUGCAUGUAAUGGACACUGGCAACACAAUUACUGUUGUGUCAACCUGUCCGAAGUACAAGCGAACGAGCAACAAUUAUAACAAUAAUAUCGGCCACAGCAAAAGUGCUACAAACAAAUACAAGUAUUUGGCAGCUUCCGCACCAGCAACUGCCGUGGCCACCUCUGUUAUUGUGAAGCCACUAAAUAAUUUAAGAAAAACAACUGCUAGCAACAAUAAUAACCACCAGAAUACUGCCAAUGGCAGUAACAUUGUCCAUACACCGCUGACUAGCAAACAUAAUUAUGGUACAAAAACGGACGCUGAUGCACAUCUACAACCACUGCAACAAAAACAAAUUGCUGCAACUGCCAAUAACAGCAACAGCACUAAUAACAAUCAACUGCUGACCACUGCUGCCUCAAACGCUGAACCGGACACUCGUAAACAAACGUCGCUGCCAAUGCAAAAUUUUCCUUAAACACCAUCAACACGAAAACACGGGGGCUGAUACCUUCUGCAAGACCACAUCAUCACUGGCCGCUAACACGAUAAUGAUAAGGACAAUAUGACAGCCACAAUAGCAAACAGCAUUUUUUUCAAAUGAUUACUUUACGUACAUAUGUACACAUGUCUGUACAUGUAUGUAGAGUAUACAUAUGAAUACAAAUUGGCUAAGUUCUUUGAAAAUUUGGAGCAAUGUUAUUGAUGUAUUUAAGAAACGACUUACAAUUUUUUAUGUUUUUGUUUUUGUUAUUGUUUUUUUUUUUUGUUGUCUUAUUUGAAUAAUAAUAAUUUUGAUCAGCCUUCAUGGCAAUUUUACACUAUAUAGAUUAAUUAUAUGAAAUUAGUAAAUUUUUUCUUUAUAUAUGCAAUAAAUAUGUACAUAUAUACAUAUAUACACUUAUAAAUAUAUACAUAAGUAUAUAUAUAAAUAAAAUUUUACAUUAUUAAAUAUACAUACAUAUAUAUAAAUAAAUGCGUAUAGUAUUAAGAAUUUCAACCUUUCGCGGUUCUACCAUUAAUCAUAAGGAAAUUGAAAACAUAUGUAUACAUGCACAGUUGCUGAGCAGGUUUUGAAAGCGUUGCAAAAUACAUACAUUUGUGUGUAAGUUACAAUAAACCGUUAAAAUAGUUGAGGAAGCAAACAGCUCUCAACCCAAUAAAUAGUCUGUAUCUGAUAAUUAUAUCACUGACAUACGAGAAAAAAAAUGUUGAUAGACAAACGAAAGAUCAGAGCCGAUAUACAUACAUAUGUGUAUGUUGCAUAAGUAAUAAUAUAUAUAGAUACUUAAGUAUUACAUUAAACAAGAUCAUAUAUACGGUAAUGUUUAAAUUCAGAUAAAUAGCAAAAUAUUAAAACAAGACAAAAGUUAUUCAUAAGCAGACGCGAAACAAACCAACUCAAAACUAAUAAAUAAGUUAUUUAUGUACAUACAUAUUUAAUACUUAUGUCUACAUAUACACAAAAAAAAGUAAAAAUAUGAACACUAAACGCAAGCAAGUAGCAACUAAA